AUGGCUAUGCAGACCUUGUUGGGUUUAGAGUUUCUCCAUGCCCACUGGAUCCUUCAUAGGGAUUUGAAACCUAAUAAUUUGCUGAUGAAUAGUGCUGGUCGUAUAAAACUUGCUGAUUUUGGUCUAGCCCGUUUUUUUGGCUCUCCCAAUAAAGUUUACACUCAUCAGGUUGUCACCCGCUGGUACCGCGCCCCUGAGCUGAUUUGGGGUGCACGAGCUUACGGCACCGGGGUGGACAUGUGGGCUAUUGGAUGCAUCAUUGCAGAGCUGCUGUUACGAGUUCCAUUGUUUCCUGGCGAAUCAGAUCUGGAUCAGUUAGUCAAGAUAGGCAAUGUCUUGGGUACACCAUGCGUGGAAGACUGGCCAGCAAUGAUGAACCUUCCUGACUAUAUAGAGAUGAAGGAACAACAAGGAAUAAAUCUUCGUCAUGUUUUCACUGCCGCAGGUGAUGAUUUGAUUGAUUUACUUUUGGGAUGUUUCCACUACGAUCCGUUGAAGAGGUUUACUGCUUCUGAAGCGUUACAAUGCCCUUACUUCAGCAACGAACCGCUAUGUUGUCUCGACGAGGAACUUCCGCUUCCAGCUCGCGCUAUAGGAGGCCCACAGAUGAAAAGGCGAAGAUUACGGGACGAUUCACCUCCUCGCUUGAAUUUAUAA